UGGUGUCCCAGCCAGAGUGGCAGGGCAGGGGACCUGCGCACCUGUCCUAGUGGAGGAUGGAGGAAGGGGAAAAGAGCCCCCUGCUGUCCCAGGAUGCUGGGGGCCAGGAGCCACCCCUCUCCAGGAGCAGCCCACUCACUUCAAGCCACCUGGGUCCAGCGCCCUGGGAGAAAUGGGCGCAGAGGACAGGCUUUGGGGGAGGCCAGGCCCCCACCCUUCCCUGGGGAAGCAGCUGCCUCAAGUGUCUGACCUUUCUGUCCAACUUCCUCUUCUCUCUGCUCGGCCUGUUGGCCCUGGCCAUUGGGCUCUGGGGCCUGGCAGUCAAGGGGUCUCUGGGGAGUAGCUGGGGGGGCCCCCUGCCUGCAGACCCCAUGCUGGGGCUGGUGCUGGGGGGGCUGGCGGUCAGUGUGGUGAGCCUGGCAGGCUGCCUGGGCGCCCUCUGUGAGAAUGCCUGCCUGCUGCGUUGCUUUUCUGGGGGCCUCCUCGCCUUUCUGGUGCUGGAGGCCGUGGUGGGGGCCCUGGUGGUGGCGCUCUGGGGCCCAUUGCAGGACGGCCUGGAACACGCCCUGCGCAUGGCCAUCACCCACUACCAGGACGACCCCGACCUGCAGUUCCUCAUAGACCAAGUGCAGCUGGGGCUGCAGUGCUGUGGAGCCGCCUCCUACCAGGACUGGCAGCAGAACCUCUUGGCCGGCUCACACCAACUCAGCAUCAUGUACCCAGCAAGGCUCCUCCACCAUCUCGCCAACUACAUCCCUUUCAGCCAAGAAGCUAUUACGCCUGCCUGCAUGUACAGAGGGCACCCACGGUGCCAGGAUCAGUUAUGGAAAGCUGGGUACUGUGUGUACUUUAACUGCAGCUCCGCGGGGAUCCAGGCCUGCAGCCUUCCCGCUUCCUGCUGCAUCAACCCCCGGGAAGAUGGAGCGUCUAUCAACGACCAGUGCGGCUUUGGGGCCCUGGGCCUGGAUGAGGAUGCCGCUCAGAGCGUCGUGCACCUGGAGGGCUGCGGCGCCCCACUCCGCCGGUGGCUGCGCAGGAACGUCCGGGCGGUGGGCGGUUUCGCGAUCGCGGUGGUGGUGGUCCAGGGGGCGGAGCUCCUGCUGGCCACGCGGCUGGUGAAGGCCCUGGCUGUCCGCAAGGGGGCGGCGGAGAGCCCCGGAUUGGGAGGAGCGGCUGGGCCUGUCCACCCAAGCCAUGGCCCCUGUGACCGGCCCCCAGCCAAGCUGGCCCCGGGCUGACCGGCAGGUGGAACAAAGGUCGGGGGCACCCGAAUGAGGUGGAGAGCUGCAGGCCUCCCCUGCCCUCCCAAGGGAAGUGUGAGAGUCUCUCAUGGGACACUAUGGACAAGCACCUGGGACACCUGGCCUCCCCGACCUACUGUGCCUCCCGCCCCCAACGUCCCUUUUCCCGAGGGCGGGGCUACCCACCUCCUACCCAGUUCUGCUAUUUCCCUGAGGCCCAGCCGCAGUCUGAUUUUGCUCUUUCAGAGGCUUUUGCCCCCAGACCGCCAACUAGCACUGGCCCCUCACUUGCAAACCAGUGUGGUCUGAAUGCAGGCUCACCCACUGGCCGCUGCCUGGCAGCGUCUGCCUCCCACAGAGGGUGCCUGAGAGGCCACGUGGUUGGAAGGAGAGCUGGAUGAAAAUCCUGCUGCAGAAGUCCCAACUACGACCCCAGCCUCUGAGGCCCCGCCUGAGGGCCCAGCCUGAGACCCACCUGCCGAUGCCCACCAGGAUGACCAUGUGGGGCAGUGCCUUUGAGACCACCCUCAGACCCUCACCUGCAACCACCUCCUACCCAUUUCCCAACCAUGGAAUGACCGCCUCAGAGCCCCACGCCUGAGACCCCUUGUCCUGACAGCUUGCCCACCUGCCCUCCUCUGAGGCCACCUUCCCCUUUCCUGUCCAUUGUGGUGGUUGGGGUUGAGGCCCAGGCCUCUCUCUCCAGAAGGCUUUUUGGGGGGGGAGUAAAUUUUACUGAUGUAUCACUUAUACAGUAAAUCGCACGGGUCUCAGGCUGGCCAAGUGGUGCGUUGGUUAAGAGUUGACUUGGGACGCCAGCUCUGAGCAGCAGGUCCCUGGUUCGG